AGCACCCAGCACAGCAUACAGCACAGCACCAGCCCCAGCACACGGCACAUCAACCCCAGCACCCAACCCAGCACCCGUCUCAGCACCCAACCCAGCACCCAUCCCACCCCUCCCAGCAUCCGUCCCAGCACCCACCACAGCAUCCGUCCCAGCACCCACCACAGCAUCCGUCCCAGCACCCACCACAGCAUCCGUCCCAGCACCCACCACAGCAUCCGUCCCAGCACCCAACUCAGCAUCAAACCCAGCACCCACCGCAGCAUCAGACCCAGCACCCAUCCCAGCACCCUUCCCCUCACCAUCCUCAACACCCUCCUCAGCACCAGCCUCAGCACCAGCCUCAGCACCAGCCGCAGCACCAGCCACAGCACCAGCCACAGCACCAGCCGCAGCACUUGCAGGCUCACCACCCACAGCAGCAUCAGCAGCCAGCGACGAGUCGCGACCAGACCCUCCAGCCGCAGCAGCUGCGCCAUCCAGGGGAGCCUCAGGCGGCCGUGCUGCGGGCCACGGCCGCCCAGUACGGCGUGCCGGCCGGCGUGGUGUUCGAGCACGCCGGGUACGCCGCUGUACGGCAGCCCACGCCAGGGCCGAGUGGCGCCGGCCGGCUGGUCAGAGGCCUGGAGGGACGGCUGCAGCCGCACGCUACUCCUCAGUCACCGCAGGCGGCCAAAAUGACCUCACCUCGACCGAGCAUCCUGAGAAAACCACCCAGUGAAAUGACCCCCGGAGGCCGGGCGGUGCGGAACCUCAGUCACCAGCUAUCGGUGGCAGUGGCCAGCACCAGCGGCACCAGUGGCACCAGUGUGCCGGGUCCCAGCGGCGCCGGUCCCUCCGGCUCCGGCGGCGGUGGCGGUGGGGGCGGCGGGGGCUCGCCGCCCUCCUCUCCUCCGCGCCGGCCCGACUCGUCUGGCCACUCGUCCAGUACUAUAUCGGCCUCGUCCUCUCCGGGAGAGCCGGCCGGCCAGGAGGGCGCCGACGAGCCCACGCCGUCCACCUCUGCCGGAGCCGGGGCCGCCAGCAGUGCCGGAGCCGGGGCCGGAGCGGCGGCUGGAGCCAGCGGGCCGGUACCCGGCACUGCCACGCCGCCCCUGGGACUCAGCCCCAGGAAAAAGCCGCGCAAACAGAACCUGGCGUCCACGGCGUCGGCAGCGCCGGCGGCCUCGUUCCCUGCCGUACCGUUCAGCCGUCCGCGGCCGGCGCGGCUGGGCAGCGACGACGAAAUGAACUUCCUCCGUGAACACAUGCGCACACCGGCGUCCUCGUCGGCAGCCUCGACGGCAGCGGCGGCGGCACCGCGACCCGCCGAGCCGGCGCCGCCGCCCCCGAAGCGGCCGGCCAUGUCGCUCCUCAACUCGUACGGCCCCCGUACUUGGAAGCCGGCCUCGAGCCAUUUCGUCAAGUAUACAGACGUGCGGGGACGCGAUGAGCGGAGACCGACCAUCGCCGACCUGGCCAGUCAGAAGCACAUCUCGCAGAAGGUCAACGGGUGGAAGAUCCACCAUAUUUCGGGUCAGUUGGACGAGCUGGCAGAGGUGGAGCGUACCGUCCACCGGCGCCUCACAGAGAUGCUGCGCGCCUCCGAACGCAUGUCGUUCUCGCGACGGGAGGACAAAGAAAUCACCAAGCUGAACGAGCUCAUCAAGGGUAACGUGCAGCGGAGCAAGAUCCUGCGCGACCAGCUGAGCGAGGCCAAGGUGCAGAUCACCUCCGUGUUCGAGCACAAGGAGGCCAUCGAACAGGCCAUCGAGAGGUACGGACGAAAGCGACCCACGCGAAAACGCGACCGGCGCUGAGGCGCGAUCCCGCGGCCCCUGGGUUGUAGCGGCGCCGAUGUUGCGAGCGGUGGCGUAUGAAGGCGAUGUGAGUGGCUGGACGGGACAGAAGAGGGGCAGCAGGAUGAUGUAGCGUAGAGAUUUAGCACGAAGCAGCAGAGUCGUGCUCAGGCGCAGGGAAGUCACUUGGCGGUGUUCUCGAGAUCUCUGGCGAGCUGUGUGUCAUGGCUUGUCGGCUCCGAUAAUCAAUAACGUUCAUACAGAGGGGUUGUGGAAGAUUCUUUCUGAAGACAAGGAACUCAUCCGCGCAGGGCAGCCUCGGUGAACCGCGAAGAAUCGAAAGGAGUCACAGUUGUUUUAUGGCGUCGAACGCCGGUUUCUCACUGCGCGGAUUUUAAUUUCAGUUUUGGUAGAUGUAGACAUUCGAAGCGAAUCCCUCUGCGUCUAGUGUUGUCCCUCUAUGGCAACACAUUGUACAAACGUGCCGUUUCCCGAUCACCGUUGCCGGAGCGGCAGGAGCGUAGUUUUAGCGAUCCGGGGCCGUCCGUCCUCCGUCGUCGGCAGUUGGAUGCGACUCGGACCCCGCCUGGGAGCGGUCUCGCGACCAAUCGGGACUCCGUGUGUGUCUUUGGCUUACGUGGUCAAAGUUAGCGAUGAGCUGUUCAUUUUGCCGACUAUGAAGUGCGGAAAUUCGUCGGUCGAGUGAGAAGCGUCGCGCCGGUGCGAUGAUUGCCGACGUGGUUUUGUUCGUGUCCCGCGGAAGUCGCCGGUGGAAAUUCGUUCAGAGUUCAUCGGCGUCGAUCUGAGUGGACCAGUGGCUUGUGUAUGAAGUGGUUUUAGAGAUAGAGAAUUCUUAUUCGACGUGCGAUGGAGAUUGAGAGUUUGCCUCUGCUGAGUUAGACUGCAGAUGAACCGAGCGUCUCUUGCUUCUGGAAGAGUGGGGUCCGUUGCAGGUAGUCAAAAGGGAAGAAAUGAAGUGCACGCGAACGAGAGGAUGAACUUGUGCGCGGCAAAGAACGCUUUCAUGGACAUCUUAGAGGAACAACUUCUCAGUUUGGAGUUCAGCGUGACCCUCUCGAUGGGGUUGCUUUUGUAAUAAACACGUUCUUUGUGA